UUAGUAGACUUAUGACAAGAAAGUGUUAUGAAAUUAUCGAGUCCCGAUUUGCAUGGGAUAGUUUGAUUAGAUUUGAUAGUUCACAUGAGUUUUUGCAAGAACUUUCGUUCUGGUCGAAGAAUUUGGACAUGUAUAACUGUCGUUUUAUGAAAGAUUAUUCUAAAUCAAUUGCUAUUUUAUGCACAGAUGCUAGUUCAGUAGCUGCAGGAGCUGUAUGUCAAUUAUCAGGUACACACAAGUACUUUCACAGUAAUUUUUCAGAAGUAGAGAGUGCACAAAGUUCCACCUGGCGAGAACUUAAGGCAAUUCAGCUUGCUUUAUUUUCGUACAAAGAAAACCUUAGUGGGAAGUCUGUGAAAAUAUUGACUGACAGUAAAAAUUGUGUUUCAAUUGUCCAAAGUGGUAGCACGAAAAAUGAUUUACAUGUAAUUGCUCUUUCUAUUUUUCAUUUGUGUUUGCAGAGAAAAAUUUCGUUAGAUAUUGCAUGGAUUCCCAGAGAAAUGAAUGAAACGGCAGAUUAUUUAAGUAAAUUAGUGGAUUACGAUGAUUGGUCUGUAUCUGAUGAAUUUUUUGAAUUUAUGAAUAAUAUGUGGGGCCCUUAUACAGUGGACAGAUUUGCAAAUUAUCUUAAUAAGAAAUUACCUAGAUUUAACUCUUUGUUCUGGAAUCCUGGUACUGAUGCAGUUGAUUGUUUUUCUCAAGAUUGGAGUUCAGAUAAUAAUUGGCUAGUGCCACCUAUUCAUUUAGUCAUGAGAAGUUUAAGGCAUCUUAUGUAUUGCAGAUCACGAGGUACUUUGAUCGUUCCUUAUUGGCCAUCGGCGCCGUUUUGGUCUAUGAUUUUUGGACCGGAUAUGACAUAUAGAAGUUAUGUAACAGAUGUUAUUCAGUUUAAUGAUGUAAGAGGUAUUUUGUGCAGAGGCACGUCUAAGAACUGUAUAUUUGGGACUGAAAAAUUUCAUGGUUCUUUAUUGGCUGUUAAACUUUGUUCUGUAUGAGCAGAUUUGAACAUGGUCCUAGUACUGUUGUACUGAGUGACGUGGUUAGAUGCUUGAAUUGUGCAUUUGUAUGUAUCUGUUGUAUAUAUUUUAUGCUAUUGCAGAAUGACGACUGAUGAGAUGAUAUUGUGUAAGACACGGUCCUAAGAGCAUUAGGCAUUAGUGACAUGGUCUUGGAAUUUGUUUUUGACAUGGUCCCUGUUAUGGACAGAGCGACAUGGUCAAAUUUGAAAUAAAAUAAUGUGAGGGACUAACAAAUGUUUCCGUGUUUACAUUUUUCAGAUGUUUUCCAAACAGGAAGAUGGGCCUCAAUUCAGACAUCGGGGGAAAAUUUGGCGGACCUGAAGUUCUUCUGUGAAAAAUCCAAAUCUGAAAGUACUUUUCGUAAAUAUCGGAACACAAAAUCCUUGUCAUUCAUCAUUAGUCGUUUCAGUUUUGGAGGGAGCUCGCCGCUUAAGUGCUAAACCUGUUACCAAGAAAGAACCAAUAACUUCUGAAAUUUUACAGCAAAUAGUGAAUCGUUACGGGACCGGAAGUAGCAGUUUACCAGACAUUCGAAUUUCAUGUAUGUGUCUAUUAAGUUAUGCAGCUUUUUUACGUUUUUCAGAACUGGUCAACUUAAAACGCUCUGACAUUACAUUUUAUGAGGACCAUCUUUCUUUGUAUAUCUCUAAGAGUAAAACAGAUAAAUAUAAGACUGGGAGUAAUGUAAUAGUUUCUAAAACAAAUAAUGUUACUUGUCCGUAUGGUAUGUAACAAUUGUAUUUGAAAAUUGCUGACAUUGCUUCGGAUUCUGAUUGUUUUAUUUUCAGGGCGUUAUCAUUUUGUAAAAAAUCUGGUAAAUAUAAAUUAAGAAAUUCUGGACCAUUGUCUUAUAGUAGAGCAAGGGAAUUAUUACUUAAUGCUUUGGAAAGUGUUGGUGUGGAUAAGUCCAAAUUUGGUCUUCACAGUUUAAGGUCAGGGGGCGCUACUGCGGCUGCUAACGCUGGUGUGAGUGACAGACUGUUUAAGAAGCACGGCAGGUGGCGCUCUGACAACGCAAAAGACGGUUAUGUUCAUGAAAAUGUAAAAUCAUUGAUGUCUGUGUCUCAGUCAUUGAAUAUUUGAAUGUGUUCAAUAAUAAAUAUAACUUACAGUU